CCCGGUGCGGCCCCGCCACGGCCGCGGUGUCUCCGGGCCCGAAGUGCGAGAUCCGGGCCCGGUUCCGGUAUGGGCCCCGAGCCCAGCCCAGCCCGGCCCGGUCCCGUUUGAGCUCCGUGGGCACCGGGAGGAGCCGCCCGCGCCCCGCCGGGCCCAGCCCGCCGCCGGCCCAGCCCGCCCGCAGCAGCAGCCGGUAACCGGGACCGGAGCAGGCACCGGAACCGGGGCCGGGAACGGAACCGGGAACGGAACCGGGGGCAGCGCCCAGGCCCAGCAGACCCCCGGGACCAUGAGCAGCUCCGAGGAGGUGUCGUGGAUCUCGUGGUUCUGCGGCCUCCGCGGCAACGAGUUCUUCUGUGAGGUGGACGAGGAUUACAUCCAGGACAAGUUCAACCUGACGGGGCUGAACGAGCAGGUGCCGCACUACAGACAGGCCCUGGACAUGAUCCUGGACCUGGAGCCCGACGAGGAGCUGGAGGACAACCCCAACCAGAGCGACCUGAUCGAGCAGGCGGCCGAGAUGCUCUACGGGCUGAUCCACGCCCGCUACAUCCUGACCAACAGGGGCAUUGCCCAGAUGUUGGAGAAGUACCAGCAGGGAGACUUCGGGUACUGCCCACGGGUCUACUGUGAGAACCAGCCCAUGCUGCCCAUCGGGCUGUCGGACAUCCCCGGGGAGGCCAUGGUGAAGCUCUACUGCCCCAAGUGCAUGGACGUGUACACGCCCAAGUCCUCGCGGCACCACCACACGGACGGCGCCUACUUCGGCACCGGCUUCCCGCACAUGCUGUUCAUGGUGCACCCCGAGUACCGCCCCAAGCGCCCCGCCAACCAGUUUGUACCCAGGCUCUACGGGUUCAAGAUCCACCCCAUGGCGUACCAGCUGCAGCUCCAGGCCGCCAGCAACUUCAAGAGCCCCGUCAAGACCAUCCGCUGAGGGACCCCCAAAAAAACCCCCCAGGACCCCCAAAAUCCCCCCUGGAACCCCCAAACCUGCAACCCCCCCUGACCCCCAAAAGAGAUUUGGGCUGAAA